CUUACAGUAUAUUUUUCUACACUUUGCUAUAAAAACAUGGUGCUGGGGAAGGUGAAGAGUUUGACAAUAAGCUUUGACUGUCUGAACGACAGCAAUGUCCCCGUCUACUCCAGCGGGGACACGGUCUCAGGAAGGGUCAGUCUAGAAGUAACGGGGGAAAUCAGAGUGAAAUCGCUCAAAAUCCACGCAAGGGGACACGCCAAAGUGCGUUGGACUGAGUCGAGAAACGCUGGAUCCAACACUGCCUACACACAGAACUACACGGAAGAAGUGGAGUAUUUCAACCAUAAGGACAUCCUGAUCGGCCACGAGAGAGACGAUGACAAUUCAGAAGAAGGCCUUCACACCAUCCAUUCGGGAAGGCACGAAUAUGCAUUCAGCUUCGAGCUUCCACAGACACCACUUGCUACCUCAUUCGAAGGCAGACAUGGCAGUGUGCGCUAUUGGGUGAAAGCCGAAUUGCAUAGGCCUUGGUUUCUACCAGUAAAAUUAAAGAAGGAAUUUACAGUCUUUGAGCAUAUAGAUAUCAACACUCCUUCAUUACUGUCACCCCAAGCAGGCACAAAAGAAAAGACUCUCUGUUGUUGGUUUUGUACCUCAGGCCCAAUAUCCUUAAGUGCCAAAAUUGAAAGGAAGGGCUACACCCCAGGUGAAUCAAUUCAGAUCUUUGCUGAGAUUGAGAACUGCUCUUCCCGUGUGGUGGUGCCAAAGGCAGCCAUUUACCAAACACAGGCAUUUUAUGCCAAAGGGAAAAUGAAGGAAGUCAAACAGCUUGUUGCCAACCUGCGUGGGGAAUCCUUGUCAUCUGGCAAAACAGAAACCUGGAAUGGCAAACAGUUGAAAAUUCCACCUGUUUCCCCUUCAAUCCUUGACUGUAGUAUAAUCCGAGUGGAGUAUUCACUGAUGGUAUAUGUUGAUAUUCCAGGCGCCAUGGAUUUAUUCCUUAACUUACCACUGGUCAUUGGUACCAUUCCUCUACACCCAUUUGGUAGCAGAACAUCGAGUGUGAGCAGCCAGUGUAGCAUGAACAUGAAUUGGCUUGGUCUGACACUGCCUGAAAGACCCGAAGCACCUCCUAGCUAUGCAGAAGUGGUCACGGAGGAACAAAGACAGUCCAGCCUUGCACCCAUAGGUGCUUGUGAUGACUUUGAGAGAGCGCUUCCAGGACCAUUGUUUGCAUACAUCCAGGAGUUCCGUUUUCUGCCUCCACCCCUCUAUUCAGAAAUUGAUCCAAACCCAGAUCAGCCCACAGAUGACAGACCAUCUUGCCCCUCUCGUUGAAGGAAUCCAUAAGAAGCUGACUUGACUUGGGUUUUGAAUCGUACCUGCCAUGUUGAAGGUCAAGGCGUCAUAGUGGAGACAUACUUUCAGAGGAAGUGGUUUUGCUCUUGCCUGUAUGGUGAAUAAAUGAAAACAACCUGUGAUCAUGCUUUGAAGCCUACAGAAACAUUGUAGGACUGCUCCACAUGCUUGAAGACCUGAGCUUUCCCCCUCCCUUAAAUACUGGCACAUACUAGGAGCAGCCUUACUAACCUACAGUCAUGUGUGUCAAAACACUCAAACCACAUUGUAAGAGAGGGAUGGCUUCCUCUUAUGAUUUGGAAAUUUGCACAUGCUCAUUGCUUAUCUUGUGCGGUUCAGUGUCACUACAGCUUUUUCUCAUUUGUGCCGGACUUGUUGUUACCCCCCCACCCCCGGUUAUUUGUUUGUGGUCCGCACAAUAAGGAGCAAAAGAAAGCUUUGACAAAAAAACAACAGCAACAGACUUUGACAAAUGCACUGACUUUUCUUUUUUUUUUUAAUUUAAUGUAGCCUGGACUUUACCUGCAUAUGCACAUGCUCAGAAUUGUCCUAGUAGGCUGAUCAUGUAUCACCUCUUCAGCUUGGAUCCUAUUGUGGAUUUAUUUACAAACAUCAAAUGCCUUCAAGCCAAUCCUUCUUGCUGUAUGUUUUGCAGCCUACUGUAGUAGAUAAGCAACAGAUGUGGGGCUGGGGUGGGGGGUGGAGAGUUAAUAGAACGAAACUAAUAGACUUCAUCAAGAUUGUAUACCUUCUUGAUUUCUUUUAAGAAUUUGUUGCCUUUCUACUAUUCUCGCAAAGCAGCAUUUUGUUACAGACUGCCUAAAAAUCACUUAAUCUCAGGUGAACUCAUCACUUGCCAAACUGUUGGAAUGCUAUUUGUUUUGUUACGUUGCACUGUUGAGUUACUUCUUUUUUUUUGUUUUGUGUUUGUGUUUUGUUUUUGUUCUUUAUUCGAGAGGGGGAUCUGGAAUAGGGACAUACACAAAAGUUAGAAAACCUACCCUCAUUCCCAUUUCUCUUUGUAUGUUAUAAAGAAAAGAGAUGUUCAAGUUGUGAAGCUUUAAAAGAAAAAAAUAAAAAGGCACAAAUGAAAGCCGCACCAGUAGACACCAGCUCAGCCUCAAAAGCAUUUUAAAAGGAAAUAGUCAUACACUGUCUAGAUUCAUAGACAGACUGAUAUCUCAAGUAGUAGGGAUGGGAAGGGAAAGUAAAUUUAUUUUUAUAUAUAGUUACCUAAUCACCAAAAAUUCUAUAUGUAAUGAGUCUCUAGUAGAAAGUAUAUUUCAAACUGCAGGAAACGCUUGGACUAUGCUAAGAGCUCAGUUUGUGCACUUUGUAUUAUCUUCAGGGUUUAUGAUACUGUAAAAUAGUAAGACUAGAGGUAUAAUUAAACUGGGCAAGAUCGGUGUUACCAGCUGUACUCGGAUACCAGUUAGCUAGAGUUGCUUUGAUGAUUGCAUCUUCUGUGGUACUCUCAAGAGCUUCAGAACAAACAGAACAGCGCAUUUCACCACACCUUAAUUCGGACUGCGAGAAAUUCUGUGGAAAGAGCACUCGCCCUUGAGUGUGCCCCAGGGAAGAAGAGAGUGCAAUGGAGCCAUUAGAUGUGCUAACACCAAUACCAGCACUUAGAUGCUAGAGAUUUACAAUAAAAGUCAACUUUCCUUUUCAGAAAUCGUGUAACACAGACCAUUGACAAAGGGACACGCUUCUGGUGUUGACGACUUAAAUCAAGAUGUAAUCCAUCAAGUAUCUAUCUCCUUGUGCAAUAAAACAGCUCGGAAGGGAGCGGGAGAGGGGAGGCUGGUGUUCCUGCGUGGUGCUCGUUCUUAAAAACCUCUGCCUCGGUUUUAAGGCUUCAUAAAUGCGACACGAUAGGCUUUUCCAUAAGUGGCCUUCAUGAGAACAUGAACGAUACUUCAUGUUUAAAAAAUGACAACAGGGUGAUAAAAUAUUUAAUGAGUCGCGUUUUAAGUGAUUCAGUUAAAAGGCUUGGGCUUUGAGCAGGAAUAUUGGACGAGAAGGAAAUUGGGUGAUGUCUUGCGUUAUUAGGCCAAUUUUGUGAAUGUCCCUUCCCUCCACCCUCUCCAACCAGACAAUUAUAAAAGCUGAUGGGAUCGUUGGCAUAAAAGGGCAUUUGGUGGUUUUACUUUUUUUUCCUUUUUUGUUACUUUAACAGACUAGGGAACAAUUGCUGAUAUACAUAGCAUUAAAGUACUUCUCACAAUACAAUGGGAAAUUGCGUAUGAAGCAGGAUUGACCAAUAUCGUCGUAAUUGACAUGGCAUCACAGCCUUUGUGAUUAGAGUGAAAAAGUCUACAACCUUACCAAAUAAAGACUUUCAGUUUAAAUUACGUUGUUUGUUGUUCAGAGGCAUUACUCUUCCACAAGUAUUGGUCAAUUCUCAGCGUUACAAAACAUGAGGUUCACAGUUGUAGCCCAGUAUUUGAUAGAGAAUUCUGAUCUGAAUUAGGAAAAAGUAAGUAAAAUCCAAACAUUAGAGAAACAAAGUGCAAUAUUAAAUGUUUGCUUUAUAGAUUAUAUUCUAUGGCUGUUUGUACUUUUCUUUUUUUUGUUUUUAGUUUUGGUGCUGAAUAUGUCCUUGUAGACUCUGUUUCAAGAAAACAAUAUGUGGAAAACAAUUUAAUUUUUCCUAUUGCUCUUCCUUGUGGAAAAUAAACUUUUGUAAAAAAAAAAAAAAGGGUUUUAAA